AUGUUGUUUCUGAAUUGGAGGACGAAGUGGCUCGGCAGGCUAAGUAAGCACCGGGUAAAACCUCUCCCGCAAACUUUCCCAGCAUUCUGUGAAUCUGUGGGCCUUGAAUCCUGGAAUUUUUGGUCUCAAACACGAACACGACCUCUUUUGGACGACGUUACCGCUGACGAGCUUUAUGACGAAGCUGGAGCAGUUAUUAUUGAAUGUUUCCACGGUAGCCAUAAUCGGCCGAUAACCUCAAUCCUUCUGGACAUUGACCCAUAUGUGUGGCCUCGCGACCCUGCCCGCAGGGCGAUCCGAUCGUCGAGGAUAUCAGUGUCAGCAGCUUCUGGCCGCAUAGAGUCUACCAGGUCACAGGUGGGCAUGGCAAGUCCUACAACGGAAAAUGAGCUGGGACUCGCAAAGGAUCCCGAACCUGUGGGGGGAGAUGAUGAGGACGCAAUAUUGACAGCAAAGCGAUCGAAGAAGGGCCAAGGCCCCCGAAAGCGUGUCUCCCAGGCGUGCGACAAGUGUCGUAGCAGGAAAGAUAAAUGUGAUGGGAAAAAACCGGCUUGCUCGACAUGCAUCUCAAAUGCGCGUACAUGCUCAUACGAUACCAAUGUUAAGAAGCGUGGUCUGCCUGAAGGUUAUGUUCGUGGACUUGAAAAGCUCUGGGGUGUGGCGAUCCAAGGUGCCGAUGACAUUGAAGAAACCAUUCUAGAGGCGUUGAAGAACGGAAAGGAGGUUGACACCAGCUCUCUUAAGACUUGGAAUGAUGAAGCCAACUCGGAGAAGUUGGUAAACGUAUGGAGGAGAUCUCAUCUGUCACGGGAGUUGGAGCGAUUAUUGUCUGGCCUAGAACCAAGUGCUGAAAGCAGCAACAAACGGAAGCGGGCGGGCUCUGAUUUCCAAGCUGCCCAAAGACCCGACUUGUAUCGUCCUACGGAGCUAGAACCUGUCUUCCAACCUGGGAAUGAAGAGUGUCCAUAUCCGCCAUAUAUUGAUACCUCAAAUGAAUUUGCCGAUUCGUCGAGUCUAGACGGUGCUGGCGAACGGGGCCAAUAUGCAACUAGAUCAGCUUCAAUAUUGACACCAUCGUAUGGAGGAACAGCCGCCACGCCGAUUUCGAGUACAGGCCCGCCAGAUCUUCCUUCCGAAACCUGGCAUCUCUUGGACGUCCAUUUCUCUUAUACUCAUCCUUGGUUACCAAUUAUCGAGAAGCAUGAUAUAUUACGGACGUCUUAUCAGUACCCAGAGUCUCAAAGGCCGCCGUCCUCAUCUGGCGAUCAAGCUGCGCUGUGGGCCGUGAUAGCAUAUGCGAAAUUUCAACAUAGAGCGAUCAACAACAUCCCCCGAGCCCAGGGCUCCGUCCGAGAUAUGGUCUGGACGGCCGAAAGAAUGUACUCUCAAGCUAGGUCACUCAUACCCGAUGAGGAAGGGAUAUGGGAACUCGGCCAUAUUCAAGCACUUCUCAUCUUAACCCUUUCAAACAUGGGCAUAGGUCACUUGGAUCGAGCAUGGUUGCUUGUUGGACAAGCCGUCCGAGCUGCGACUCAGCUAGGGAUUGCCAACUCCAACUCCGAGGAUCCAACUCCCACUUCAUCGAGUGCUAAGUCGAGAGCUAAACAUGUGUUUCUGGGAUGCUUCGUUCUUGACACUAUCAUAGCUGCUCGCUUGGGACGCCGGCCACAUCUUAGGAGGGAUGAUAUUGACGAAGUUGGGCCCCUUGACGAAGAUGGUCUAGACGAAUGGGACCCUUGGAAUGACUGCCUGUCGGUACGCAGAGAGAGUUCUGGAAACUCCCGGGUUCCUGCUUCUAUCCUGAGUACCUUCAACCGACUUAUUCAGCUACUGAAAGUUUUGAAUGACGCUAUCUGCGUCUCGAGAAAUUCAGAUGCUUUGCAAAUCAGCAGUGGCCUUUUAGAGAAGUUGUAUGCUUGGGGUGAAGGUCAACCAUCACCGUUAUAUUUCGAUUCAUCCGCGAGGAGCCGCGAACAGAUAUCUUCACUACUUCCCCACCAAUACCAUCUGCACGCCGCAUACUUGACUACAUUGGCAACAUCUCAACUACUCAGUCAUAUCUCUAGUCCGGGGAGAGUGGAUUUGGAACCAUGCAUACCCAUUCCAGGCCAGCUUUUGGAGCUUCUCAAGAACCAUUCGCAUAAGUUCGGGCUGCUGAUCGUUCCCCCGACAUACGAGUAUUUUAUGAAGCGUGCCCAUGAUGUUUUAAACGAAGUUCAGGGCAACAUAGAGAAUACCCAUAUUAUGAUCAACGAUUGGAGGCAUGGCCUUGACAUCCAGUUGGAUGCAAUGGAGCCGGCCUGGCCCUCCUUUGAGUUGUUGAAGAACUCGGUCUCAUGUCCACCAUCGUCCCAUAAUCAUCGAGAGGGCGGGGUAGCUCUCGAUCGCAUCACCGGCACAAACCAACCCGCAGAUACACCAUUAUCAACCGCAACUCCGCCAAGCGCGACGAGCUUCGAGAGGCCCGGAUCAUACCGUCCACCUGUUCUUGCCCCUCAGCGGAAUAUGCAGCGGCCAAGGACUAUGAGCCAGCCGGUGAUGGCACCGCCACCUCGACCGUUACCGCGAUCUGAGAGUUUUGGGCGGACCUCUGGUCCUGGGCUACCUGAGCUACCGACUAUUUAUCAGGACUCCCGCGCACUGCUUGGGCCACGAAAUGCGGAUUCAUCUAGGUCAACAGUUAUGAAAAGCCCUGGCGAUUUAUCAAAACUCGACUAUGCAUCCCUGGACACCUUGCCUUCAGUAGACCCGCAGCUUCAAAGCAGUAUUUGUACGGGGUCUGAGAAUGACAUAGACCCAUUAUUCAACGAAUUUGCGGCCCUUGAUGCCAUGGAAUGGACGGGCAAUUGGGACCAGAGUCUACUGAAUCUCGGCUUUACUGAUCGCGACAAUAUGAAUCAGGACUUCUAUGCCUUUUGUCAAGACCCUGAUCCUUUCCAUCCUAACAAUGUUUUCCAGCAGCUAGCCGCAAAUUCGAGCACUGAGGGGACCAAUUUCUUCGGCGGCCCUGGCUUCCUUGGCGUGAGAGUUGACGAGGAGGACGAGGGCAUUGAAGCGGGCCAAAUUUUACAGGCGCUGCGCGCGGCAGAGGACCAGCAGGCACUGGUACGGUAA